CCGUCGACCAUUGGUGCGGAUGGUUGUAUUCGGUCGCGUGUUGCGUGUUGCGGUCACGUGAAUAAGUUCCUGAUCGUUGCGAAUGUUGUCCAAGUGCCGCGGGCGAAUUACAUAUACAUGUUAUUACACAAUACACGUUACGCGACGUAAAAUGUGAAUGUUGUUAACAUUAAAAAUGUUGCUGCGCGCUACGGUGCUGAUUCUGGUGGCGGCGUCGAGCCUGGUCAAAGGAUGGGGCAUCAAUCACGGGCAUCCUGGGACCACUGCUAAGUGCGAGCGGCUCAACGUAUCCUUCUGCCGGGGACUACGUUAUAAUUUGACAGCAAUGCCAAAUUUUAUGGGCCACGAAGAUCAGCGGCAGGCCGAACGUGGGCUGACGGCUUUCAUGCCACUGGUUCACUACAACUGUUCGAGACACCUAAGGCUCUUCUUGUGCGCCGUCUUUGCUCCGGUCUGCUCGGAACAUGUAGCUAUGCAGAUACCAGCUUGCAAGUCCCUCUGUCUUUCUGUAAGAAGAGAUUGCGAGCCAGCUUUAACCAGCCUUACACUGCCAUGGCCGCACAUGUUAGAUUGUGACCGAUUCCUCGAUCGUGGAAACACACUGUGUGUGCAGCCACCGGAUGAAACGCUGGACGAUACUAGUCCACCGACCAUUCAACAACAAUGGCCAGUAAUGCAUGAACAAUCAGUGCAGACUUUUACGCGACAGCAACAGCAGCAUCAUCAGUGUCCACCUCAUUUUGUGGAAAUACCGGAUACAGAAACGGUUUCUUGCGCACCACGUUGCGGCGCCGACGCUUAUUAUCGCGCGGAAGACAAGAGAUUCGCCGAACGUUGGAUGACUGGUUGGGCCUGGUUGUGUUUCCUGUCGACGCUCUUUACCUUGUUGACUUUUUGGGUCGAACCGUCUAGAUUUCGUUAUCCCGAGAGACCAAUAGUAUUUUUGGCUCUGUGUUACAAUCUUCUUUCUAUCGCUUACAUUGUUCGAGGUGCAGUAGGGGCUGAAGCUCUCAGUUGUGCUAAUCAGCUUGAUGGACCGAGCUACGUCCCAGUUCGUGAUGCCUUGAAGAGUGUUCCCUGUACAAUUUGGUGGCUGGUUAGAUAUUAUCUGGGAUUAGCCAGUAUGACGUGGUGGACAGUGCUGUGUGGCUGCUGGUUACUAAGCGCGAGGAAUGAGUGGAGCAGUGAAGCUCUUCAUAAUAUCGCAUCGUAUCUUCACGCAGCUGCGUGGAUUCUUCCGCUAUUUUUCACAGGAGGAAGCUUGCUGUCGCGUAACGUGGUGGCGGACGAAUUGACUGGCUUGUGCCAGAUUUCCGACGAAUCGGCCUUAUGGUUAGAGGUGUUACCGCACGCGGUGUUAUUGUUCUUGGGCUGCGGGUUCGGUAGUAUUGCUGGAAGUGCGCUGGUCCGCGUACGAAGAGCCGUGCGCUGCGCUGGGCGCAGCGCAACCAAAUUGGAGCGACUGAUGACGCGGUUGAGCAUCUUUGCACUGUUGUACGCGCUACCGGCAUUAGGUGGUCUUAUCUGCGUGAUGCAUGAAGCCUCAAUGAGACCGCGGUGGCGAAAACUGGCCUUGCUGGCUGCACUAGACUGCAGCGCGGCCCAGAAUUGCGUCCCGGGUCCAGUUUACCGGGCCGCUGGACUCGAGGUCGUCCUGCUGAGACUCUUUCUAUUUAUCGUGGUUGGUGUAACUUCUGGCAUGUGGGUAUGGUCUGGUAAGACCUGCCGUGCCUGGAGCAAGUUGCUCGCUGCGCCCAGCAAGUCUACCAGGAUGCAAAGUCCUUUUCAGGAUUUCAAGCAAGACGCCAACGUUAUUUGAGGAGUUUGGAGCUUGAUUGCAAAACGUGUCUGAACUGUUAUUGCAGAUGGGACAGCGUAUGAAAGAGAAUAGUGUGCGAUAGAGUGCAUACGUGUGAUUUUAUUUAUGUCGGAUUAUAUUAAGAUUAUAAUGCGUGGAAUAAGCGGUACAAGCGAUGAUGAGUUUUGUAUAUAUUUUGUAUAUAUUGUAAAAAUAAUGUGAUCUAUGUUCACAAGACGCUCACAGUUCAUCAUCAUGUGUGUAAGAAUUUUCAUAAAUUCCUGAUUAAUUAAGACCAUAUGCUAAUGAUAGCAGAAGUGUAGCUCACUAACUACAACUUCAAUAAAUACCAGUCAUUAUUUUUA